UACCAUUGGUGGAUUUCGUACCGAAUUAGAUGACGCAAUACGAUCGACAAUUUUCAUUCAUGCCGUUUAAAGAGCGGACCAGGCCGCUCGAGGACUCACUUUGCUAGUGACUACCGGCCUGGGCAAAUCACUAUCACUAUCCCGGUGACCAUUCCCGAUUUUCAUCCGUUUCACUGUCGACUAAAUGUUUUUUCAUUUUAAUCAUUCGUGUUCUUCGUUUAUUGGUUCUUCAUUCGCGCUCAAGUUCAAAACGGUUAAUUGUUUCAACUGGAGUGUCACGUGACAAAAGUUUUGUUUUGACUUUUUUUUAUUAAUUUUCUUCAAUUUCAACACGUUUCUCUAUCGAGAAAAAAUCUACUUGAGAACAACUGAAUUUGUGUGCAGAAAAUGGUGAAAUUAUCAGUAUUACUUACAACGCUCUGCCUCCAACUUGCUUACAGCAGGCGAUUAAUUGAUGAUAUUGACAACGAUGUCAACGUACUACAAAAUGGAAACUUAGGGACUUACGAGUACAAAUCCUCGGACUACGUUAAGAUAACUCAACCACCCCUACCAGUCGUUCAAAAGGAAGUGGGUGCACAUGUGGAAUUACAUUGCGAAGCUAUGGGCUCUCCACCACCUACCAUCCAAUGGUACAAGGGACCCAUGAGAGUCACCGAGAACGAGAGCUUUGAAGACAACAACGAAAUCACUGAUCACACCCCAGGCAUAGCAAAAGUUGCAUCUCGCCUCGUGAUCAACUAUGUCUUGCCUCGGCAUCAGGGCAACUAUUUCUGCGUAGCUGCUGCCGGUUCUGAAGUCGUACGCAAAAUGACUGAACUGGUGGUACCGAACGCGAUUGGACGCGAAAUGAAUUUCACUCAGCUGGUUUUCCGAAAAAUCGUUGGCGCUCAUCACCAUCCCAGAGUUACCUUCUGGGCACCCGCCUACAUGGAUGUUAUGCGGUCUGAUGUGAUUCUCCCUUGCAAGUCUGUAGGCAACCCCAAGCCCGUUUUGACAUGGUUCCGCCCCAAUGGCAAAGAAGUAACCAACGAUGAUAAAUUCGAAGUGAUGCAAGAUGGCGAGCUGAGCAUCCGAUCAAUAUCAUGGGAUGAUAUGGGGGUGUAUACAUGCAUCGUGAUGAAUUCUGUAGGCAAAGACUCCGUCGAAACCUUCCUAUACCCAAUGCAGGAAUCGAAAUAACGCCAACAGCGUCAAUUUCCCAAAAAACUCUAGUCACUCCAUUCCAAGAGAAUCUUGGCAACUCUUACUAUUAAUGUAAAGUAGUAUUUUAAAAUUCAUAUAGGUAUUAAUAGGUUAUUAAAUUAUGUACUUAUUUAUAAUAAUUUAAAUUAAUUUACCACUAAUAAAUAAUAAGAGUAAAUAUACAUGUAAUUUAAACUUC